UUUUGACGAUUAUACCACGCUCCAUUCUCUCUCUCGCGUCGUUUUAACCGAUCUUAUAGGAGAAAAAAUUGAAGUUGUGAACAGAGUCGAAACGAUCUGCUUCAACUACGACCAUCGACAAUCAGAAACAGUCUCCGGCGGCUCUGCCGCCUUCGCCGCCGUUGCAGUGUAAUCGACGCUGGGCCUCAGAGAGAAAAUUGCGUUUUGAAAGUCGAAGAAUAUACAGGAGGGGACGAAUAUUCUCAUUUGAACAACCCACAAAUCAAAUUGCUACAGCAACAUAAACAAUCUCCACUCUCCUCUCGAUAUUGCUCGCUCUUGUUUUUGAUUAUCGUUUAUCAGUCUUUGUAUGAUUGUGGGUCCACAUCCCCACCACCCAUUUUUUGAAUAUCGAAGUUUUGUGCUGAGAUUUGAUUGAUGUUCAUGCUUGUGAACCCUCAAAAUCGAAAAUUUUGACUGCCCAGAAAGCAAAUUGGGCGGAAAAGAAUGGUGUCUUUAAUGGGUUCUGUGUUGUUCCCUACUCUGAAUACGUGGAAUGGUUCUUCUUCUAGCUCCUCCAGAUUUUUAGUUUCUGGUAGAAGGGUGUAUAGUGAUGCUUCUUCUUCUGGGCAUAGCAUGAUUGCUUGUGCUUGUAUGGCACCCCCGCGGAACUUGAGGGCAGCCGAUGGAUUUUCUGCCUCCAAAUUCAAUGAUUCACGGAACCUAGAGAACUUGAACGUAGAUCAGGAACUUGAGGGUGAAUCUGAUGUUCUAAUUGAAUGUAAACAUGUCUACAAGUCAUUUGGUGAGAAGCACAUCUUGAAAGGUGUUAGCUUCAAGAUUAGGCAUGGGGAAGCUGUUGGAAUAAUUGGGCCCUCUGGCACUGGUAAAUCUACUAUUUUAAAGAUCAUGGCUGGGCUUCUUACUCCAGACAAGGGCGAGGUUUUCAUUCGAGGAAGAAGAAGACAUGGUUUAAUCAGCGAUGAUGAGAUAUCUGGCCUUCGAAUUGGCAUGGUGUUUCAGAGUGCAGCACUUUUUGAUUCUUUAACUGUUCGCGAAAAUGUCGGUUUCCUUUUGUAUGAGAAUUCCAGCAUGUCUGAGAAUCAAAUCGCUACCCUUGUUUCACAAACUUUGGCUGCUGUUGGAUUGAAGGGAGUUGAGGAUCGAUUACCUUCCGAGUUGUCAGGUGGAAUGAAGAAAAGAGUUGCACUAGCUCGCUCCAUAAUUUUUGACACCACAAAGGAUGUAAUUGAGCCAGAGGUGCUCUUGUAUGAUGAACCAACGGCUGGACUCGAUCCAAUUGCAUCUACUGUAGUUGAAGACCUCAUCCGCUCUGUUCAUUUGAAAGGUGAAGAUGCACUUGGGAAGCCUGGAAAGAUUGCAUCGUAUGUUGUUGUAACUCACCAACAUAGUACCAUUAGGAGAGCUGUUGACAGGUUGUUAUUUCUGUAUGAGGGAAAGGUUGUAUGGCAGGGAAUGACUCAUGAAUUCACCACAUCAAGUAAUCCGAUAGUUCAACAGUUUGCGUCUGGCAGCUUGGAUGGGCCAAUUAAAUAUUAGCAUACACACUGUGGUGGUAUUUUUUUAACUCAAUGCUUGUUUUUUGAGUCUUGGCUACUUACGGAGUUUUCAGAGAGAGAGAGAGAUGGUCUGAAAGGAUCAGAUGUAGCAUGCAAACUUGGGGAUCCUGGAGCUGAUGUGUAAACUUCUUGGUCCAAAGAGAUGCUGUACAAGUUCAAUCUCAUAGCAGCUAUGAAUAAAACGAGUCUGCUUCGAAAAUUAUAUCAUAGAGCGUAACUGCUGGCAAUACUUAAUUCAUUUGUCGAGUUUUUGUUGUCACUACUCAUGCCCUAUUAUAGGCAAGCAUAUUGUAACGAUAAUUGUGUAACGUAAAACUGAUCGCGGUCUUCAUUUCUAUUUUGAACGAGGUUUUCUAAUGCUUUUGGUGCAUUUUUUUUGUCUUAGAAAGAAUUGCUUGUUGAAGUAGGUGUGGUUAAUGAGAUGUCAAGAACAAUACUAGGUUGAUCUAGUUAGAAGCUUGCAAAAGGACAAUACAGAGUUCUUUAUACGUAUAUAGUCUCCUGGCUGUUAAUGAUCAUUGUUUGUCUGCAAUUUACCAAAGUUAUUGAAUUGA